AUGGCACCGUUCUUAGAAGAAGUGCCUAGUGCAGGUUCGGAGGCCAAAGCAACGAAACUUGCCUGGGAGCGAAUCAACCAACGAGGAUAUGAGAUCCUCGAGCGGCCGUACGGAACCCAUGUACCAAAGCGGGUGAUUGCCAUCGGAGCAGGAGCUACGGGUAUAUGUUUUGCUCAGUUCUCCAAGACGAUACCGAAUCUUGAUGUUCAAAUAUACGAAAAAAGUGACGAGGUUUCAGGCACCUGGCACGACAAUCGAUAUCCAGGUUGUGCCUGCGACAUUCCCGCUCACAUCUAUCAGUUUCAAUGGGCACCUAAUCCUCACUGGUCGCAUUACUACGUUGGCGCAAAAGAAAUUUUCCAAUAUUUCAAGGACGUCGUUGAUAAGCAUGAUCUGACGAAGCUCAUCAAGCUAAAACACCAAGUCAUUGGGGCCAACUGGAACCCUAGCACUGCAAAAUGGAUCGUUGAGGUACAAACGCCUGACGGAGCUCAAUUCACGGAUACGUGUGACUUUCUGAUCAACGGAUGUGGGCUCCUUAACAACUGGAAAUGGCCGCAGAUUAAAGGACUUCAUUCGUUUAAGGGACAGCUAGUACACUCAGCUAACUAUGACGAGAGUAUUCAACUCAAAGGCAAGAAGGUCGCGGUCUUUGGAGCUGGAUCUUCGGGCGUCCAGAUUGUCGCGACCAUUCAGCCCCUUGUUGAUCAUCUCUACACUUGGAUUAGAUCACCGUUAUGGAUUAGUUCUGGUUUCGCCUCUAAGUUCGCGGGUUCAAACGGUACCAACUUUGCAUACCCUGAUGAGCUAAAAGCACGGUUUGCUACCGAGAAAGACGCACACCUCAGAUAUAUGAAAAUGUUGGACGAAGAGCUAGGUAAGCGCUUCAAUUUUAUGAUGGACAACACCGAUGAAGCAAGGGAUGCCGUCCGCUUUGCACGACAACAAAUGGAGAAUCAACUCAGGAGUCGUCCGGAGCUGAUCAAGAAGAUUAUCCCAACUAAAUAUGGUGUGGGCUGUCGUCGACCGACCCCUGGAAACGGAUAUCUGGAAGCUCUUCUCUGCUCUAACGUCUCUACCUAUACCGAUGAGGUCCGCAUGAUUACGCGGGAUGGAUUCAUCGAUCACGAGGGCAAUGAACACCAAGUUGACGUUAUUAUCUGUGCAACUGGGUUCGACGUCUCGUAUGUCCCUCGAUUUCCCAUCACUGCGAACGGUAAAGACCUUCGUAAGGUCUGGGAAUCUGACCCUGUCGCCUAUUUUGGUACAAUGGUGCCUGAUUUUCCCAACUAUUUUGCAUCUUUAGGACCAUAUAAUGCCGCAAAUGGAUCCCUAAUACCUCCGAUUGAGCAAGGAUGUCACUAUAUCUUACAAAUCAUCGAGAAAUGCCAAAUCGAACGAGUCAGGUCCAUCUCUCCAACGGCUCAAGCUACCCAAGAAUUUCGUGAGCAUAGCGAUUUACUCCUGAAGAGGACCGUCUGGAAUCAACCAUGUCGAAGCUGGUUUAAAAAUGGGACCGUUGAUGGACUUCCUCGGAUUUAUCCUGGCUCCCGGGCUCACUUCAUGGAGGUAAUGAAACCUCGCUUUGAAGAUUUCGAGUUGCAAUACGAAAGUGACAACAGAUUCUACUAUCUUGGAAAUGGAUUUGCGAGUCGAGAGUUUGACGGCCGUGAUCCAACAUGGUAUCUGGGUCUGAUAAAUGGUCAGGACAAGCAGCCUGACUAUUCGGUCGAUGAAAAGCUAGUCAUUGAACUUUGCCAGCUGGAUAGAUAA